AUACAGAAUGUCUAGCAGAAGCCUCCAUUUGAAGAAAAUUUCAUGGCUUUCUUCUCGGACUGUCUCAGACAAUAUUCACGGGGGAUUCCGGCGACCCAUUACUACUCCAGCCACUUGUUUAGCUCCUUCAUUCGAUAGAGACAUGAACAUUGCGUCCAAGACAUUGGUCGGUCAAUGUUAUUCUCGCGGGUUCGCAUCAGUUAAACGAGUUUCUCGAGCUUCUUCUUCUUCUUCUUCUCCACAAGCUGAUUUACUCUCUUAUAUUAGAGCUUCACUCGAUAAACUUGAAGGUCCUUCCCAUCAUUGGCUAAAUCGUGACAUUGGAAAUAAACAGCUUUUCAAGGACAAAGGAACUUAUGUACUUCUCGCUGGACAUUUGCUAAACGCAACUAGUGAUACGAGUGGUUUCUUUGACAAACUAAAGUUGCUUCAGCAGAGGUUUAAGAAAGAUUUGUUAACCAAAGAAUCAUGGCAACUUAAGGCUGAGUAUUUUGUUUUUUGUGGUCUUUUAAGGUCUCCGGGUGUCUGUUUCAUGGGCAUUCACUUCAGCGAUCAAGCUCGAAUCGCUGAUGAUCGAACUGCUUUAGCUGAGUUGAUUGUGAAGGAAUACCUUACUUUUCCUGUACUACUUUCUGAGAGAGAUUUUCCAAAGUCACAUGGAGAAGAAGUACGCUACAUCGUGUUUAAAGAUUUUAAGAAUCCUUUAAUCUACCAAGAGAAGGAUCUGGAUGUUGCUUCCGUAGCUAAAGCUCUUGACAGCCUCACCCAAGAUACUGAGAAAUCCAAGUCUGUCAAAAUCUUCACGAACACUUGGUCAAAACAGGCUGAGGCUAUCAAGGAAUCACAUUUCUCUUCUUUCUUGCAGGAUUUGUUUCUUUACUUUCCAGGUUGUAUCUCUGCAGACGAAGUUGGAAAUUGUCUUUUUAUUUCUGAUAGCAACCAUCAUCGUAUUAUUAUAUUGGAUGAUAGUGGGAAGAUUUUAGACAGUAUUGGUUGUUUCCCAGGUUUUGAGGAUGGAGAAUUUGAAUCUGCAAAAAUGUUACGUCCUGCGGCGACCCUUUAUGACGAAGAGGAGGAUUGCCUUUACAUUGUCGAUUCUGAGAAUCAUGCCAUUAGAAGAGCAAAUAUAAAGACGCGGGUCCUGGAAACGGUAUAUCCAAGGGUUAUUAAAAAGAGUGGUGGCUUAUGGUCUUGGAUAAUGGAAAAAAUGGGUCUUGGGAAAGAUGAUGAUACAACAGUUGAUGCUGAUGCGAAAUCAGAAGAAUCUGAUGCUCACUCUUUGAUGUUUCCGUGGCAUAUACUGAAGCAUGAUGAUGACAGUCUUUUAGUCAUUAACAAAAGCUUCUCGAAGUUGUGGAUUAUUAAUUCAGCUUCAGGAGAGAUCGAAGAACUAGUGGAAGGGUUUCCGGGGAUAAUGGAGAUCUGUGGGAAAUUAAUCACGGAGAAGCUGUCAGUCUUGAAACAGUUGCCUUCUAAUUGGUUGCAACAGCAAACGAAGGCUAUCAGCUCAUGCAAGGAGCUGCCAAGUGCUGCCCUUUUGUCUUCUUUCACUAAACUUGGAGACGACAUGGUCAUGACAGAUAUAGUUGGUCAGAGAGUGGUGAAGCUAAAUAGAGAAUCCGGAGCAUGCUCUAGCAUACAGUUUUCAAACAUUGGGAUCCUUGGGUUGCCUUAUUGGUUGUCCAUUCCACUGGAGAGAGUUUUCAAUCUAGCUAACGGAGUACAGGAAGCACACCUCAGCCAUACUCAUCAACUCCGGUUAUUGCCUGGUAAGAUUAGCAUACGGUUGAACAUAGAGCUCCCUCAAUGCACGGAGCUUGUUGAACCGGUACAAGAAAGCUGCAUAUGGCGACAGGCAAGAGGCUCAAUCAGUGAAGUCUCGACUUCUGGAAGUGCAGUGGAACCUUCUGAAAAGGUUGGAGUCUCACAACAAUGGUAUGAUGAAUUAGACAGCCUCGCAAAAGAAAUAGCCAACCCCGAAUUAGCUGAUGAAGAGCCAGAGCAAGAAGAAGAUAUUAACACUUCUGAGAUCGAAAGUGAAGACGAUGGACGGAUACACAUCGAUUGCACUGUCAAUACAAGUCCUGGCACAAGCGAGCUUAUUGUUUAUGCAGCUUUGUAUUUAAGACUGACGAAGAACGAAGACACAGAAGGUGCGAGCCAGGAAGAACUGGCGAGAAGAAUAACAGAGAUUUUAAAGCCAGCAAGGAACAUGACGACUAUGGAUGAAGAUUUGUUUGUGAAACAGUUGUUGAAGUCAAAGAGAGAAAUGAGAGACAUGGUCUUCGUGAAGCCAAUCCAUUUGCGUGUAAGGUUUGACACGAUGGAUCACCCAAAAGCCGAUAACUCAAGAGACGUAAUCUUGACAGACUCUUCUGCUCAGAUCGAUGUCACUCUUUGACGACAAUAGAGUGCGCGUGCAAAUAAUGCUGAUGCCUUGUUAAAUUCUUUCACAUCUGAGUACUCUCUUUGUGAGUUAAAGAAAACUCUCAUAAGUUUGUGACAUUACUACUAGAUUAACGAUUUGUAAGGUCGGUCCAACUUUGAAAUGGGUCACAAUUUAUUUAACGUGGACCUUGUUUCAUCCGGACAAAGUAACCCGUCAUGGUCGGAUUUCUAUAUAUUUGAU